AAGUCUAGUCCUGGCUUAUUCCGGUGUCAUAUUAUUGGGCAUCGGCUUAUUGCACGCCCAUAACAGCAACAACACUUUUAAUAUUUAUGUAAUAAAGUUAACAUUCCUUUAUCUAAAUUAUGGAUUCGCAGGGGAGAAAAGUUAUUGUUUGUGACAAUGGAACUGGGUUUGUUAAGUGUGGAUAUGCUGGUUCUAACUUCCCUGCUCACAUCUUCCCCUCCCUUGUGGGGAGGCCAAUCAUUAGAUCAACCACAAAAGUUGGAAACAUAGAAGUUAAGGAUCUUAUGAUUGGCGAGGAAGCUAGUGAACUUCGCUCAAUGCUUGAAGUAAAUUAUCCAAUGGAAAAUGGUAUAGUCCGUAACUGGGAAGACAUGACCCAUCUGUAUGACCAUACUUUUGGUAAAGAUAAGAUGAAUCUUGACACAAGAAACACAAGAAUUCUUCUCACAGAACCUCCUAUGAAUCCAACAAAGAAUAGAGAAAAUAUGAUCCAAUUGAUGUUUGAGAAAUACCAGUUUCACAGUGUGCAUAUAGCUAUACAAGCUGUGUUGACACUCUAUGCUCAAGGCUUGGUCACUGGAGUGGUUGUUGAUUCUGGAGAUGGGGUCACUCACUUCUGUCCUGUGUAUGAUGGGUUUGCACUUCCUCAUUUAACCAGGCGAUUAGACAUUGCUGGCAGAGAUAUUACCAGAUAUCUCAUCAAGCUCUUGCUGCUUCGAGGCUAUGCUUUUAACCAUUCAGCAGAUUUUGAAACGGUUCGCAUGAUGAAAGAAAAGUUGUGUUACGUAGCCUAUGAUAUAGAUUUAGAACAAAAGCUUGCCAAUGAUACAACAGUUUUAGUCGAGCCCUACACUCUUCCUGAUGGUCGAGUGAUUAAAGUUGGAGGGGAAAGAUUUGGAGCACCAGAAGCUUUGUUCCAACCUCACCUCAUCAAUGUUGACAGUCCUGGAGUUGCAGAACUGCUGUUUAAUACUAUUGGAGCCGCUGAUAUGGACCUCCGUGCUGACUUCUACAAGCACAUUGUUCUGUCUGGAGGCUCUACAAUGUAUCCUGGAUUGCCCAGUCGUCUAGAAAGGGAGAUCAAACAAUUGUAUUUGGAACGUGUGCUUAAAGGGGACACCGCUGCUUUAUCUAAAUUCAAAAUUCGUAUUGAAGAUCCCCCAAGAAGGAAGCACAUGGUUUUCAUGGGGGGCUCUGUAUUGGCAGACAUUAUGAAAGACAAAGAUGAGUUUUGGCUGCUGCGUUCUGAAUAUGAAGAAAAUGGUUUACGAGUUCUAGACAAGCUGCUCAGGCCUGCAACCAGUUAAAACUUUUCUAAGAAUUAUAAUAGUUGUAUAUUGUUUCCUUUAUGAAAAUAUUUUUAAAUGCCUGUUUUAAUAAAUGACCAUCAAUCUAUAUAUAUCUUGUGUAUAACAAAUUCUAGAGUUUUGGCCUUAUCGGUACAUCCCUGGCUAGUUGGCAUUUAUUUAUGCUAGUGAUUGUUGUACUGUGACCAAUGAUAAAAAAAAUUGAGUGAAAUGAAGCUGGUGUUGGGGAGUUGAAAAGAUGCGCAGUAGUAAUUUGCUUUAUUUCUCUAUGUACUUGAGGCUGUGCGUUGCAUGCAAGCUACUGCAUCAAAUUGGUUUAUUUUCUUUGAAUGCUGUCUGUCAUCUAAGGCCCGUGAGACAUUGGAGCAACGCUCAUGUUUUGUGUAUUAUAGUCUUAUUUUUCCAAUUUAACUUGGAUCAUAAGACUCAUGUUUCCCUUUUUGAAGCCCUGACUCUAAGGGUGACACAUCCAACUGUUUGUUGAUAUCAUUGGCUAACUUGGCUUCUUCAGAUAUUCCAUUUCUCUUGUCAUGCUAUCUGAAUGAGCUGUGCAUUUGGCUUAUUGCAAAAUUUUAUUUCAUUGUAUAUGUCAGAUAACAUCUGAACAAUCACCAAUUUACAUUUAUUUUUCUGGUCUCUUUGUUACAUGGACUGACUUAAGUAUCACCUGAGUAUAACUGCUUUAAUGGGUGGUGCUAGUUAGUCGUUGAAUUUGUUUUAAUGAUUUAUUGUCCUGUUUAUUCAUGAAGAAAUUAUUUAUCUCCCACCUCCAAAGGGCUUUGUGUUUCUCCUUUGUUUUUU